GGCUGAGGAGCCGGCGUGCGGCACUGCUGGACUGGGCGUGCGGCCCUGCGAGUCGGUCGGUCCCGGGGUCACCCGCUACGGGGCGCAGGCCUCGCCACAGACUAAGAAAAAUGGCUUUGUCAGCCCAACAGAUACCCAGGUGGUUUAACUCAGCUAAGUUGAGGAGCCUCAUUAAUGCUGCACAACUCACAAAAUGUUUUACUAGACCAGGAAGAACAUUGUUACAUGGCUUUUCUGCUCAGCCUCAGAUAUCCUCUGACAAUUGCUUUCUCCAGUGGGGAUUUAAGACUUACAAGACUUCCUCCUUAUGGAAUAGUUCCCAGUCUACUAGCUCAAGUAGUCAAGAGAAUAAUUCUACCCAAAGCAGUCUGCUUCCUUCCGUGAAUGAACAGUCGCAGAAGACACAAAAGAUACCCAGCUUUGAUUCUGAGCUGUUUCUAGAAGAACUGGAUGAAUUGCCUCCAUUGUCUCCAAUGCAGCCAAUUUCAGAGGAAGAGGCUAUUCAGAUUAUUGCAGACCCUCCAUUGCCACCAGCUUCAUUCACACUUCGAGACUAUGUGGAUCAUUCUGAGACUCUGCAGAAGUUAGUUCUUCUAGGAGUGGAUUUGUCCAAGAUAGAAAAACAUACAGAAGCAGCAAACCUCCUUCUGAGACUGGAUUUUGAAAAAGACAUUAAGCAGAUGCUCCUGUUUCUUAAAGACGUGGGUAUAGAGGAUAACCAACUGGGAGCAUUCCUGACAAAAAAUCAUGCAAUUUUCUCUGAAGACCUUGAAAAUCUGAAGAUCAGGGUGGCUUAUCUGCUUUCAAAAAAUUUCAGUAAAGCAGAUGUUGCACAGAUGGUCAGAAAAGCACCAUUUUUGCUGAACUUUUCAGUGGAAAGACUGGAUAACAGAUUGGGAUUUUUUCAGAAAGAACUUGAACUUAGUGUGAAAAAGACUAGAGAUCUGGUAGUUCGUCUCCCAAGGCUGCUAACUGGAAGUCUGGAACCCGUGAAAGAAAAUAUGAAGGUUUACCGUCUUGAACUUGGUUUUAAACAUAACGAAAUUCAACAUAUGAUCACCAGAAUCCCGAAGAUGUUAACUGCAAAUAAAAGGAAACUUACCGAGACAUUUGAUUUUGUGCACAAUGUGAUGAGCAUUCCCCACCACAUCAUUGUCAAGUUCCCACAGUUUUCUAACAGAAAAUAUAGGAUUUAAAUCCUCUGGCAUUUAUCCUACUUCCUGAACACGUGGUAUUUAAUACAAGGCUGUUUAAAAUCAAAGAAAGACACUUGUUUCUUACCUAUUUAGGAAGAGCACAGUAUGAUCCAGCAAAACCUAACUACAUCUCUUUGGACAAACUCGUAUCUAUUCCUGAUGAAAUAUUUUGUGAAGAGAUUGCCAAAGCAUCAGUACAAGACUUUCAUAAAUUCUUAAAAAUGCUUUAGAUUUUUAUGUAUGUGAAAAUGCAAUAUUGUAAAGUGAAUAUAUGUAUGAAUAAAUGAAUAUAUUUUUAAA